CACAAGAGCCUGAGUGUGUGUGACCCAUCAGAGCACAGCUGGCCCAGCCCCAUCUCUGCUGGCCACCACACAGCUCCUCCCAGCCCCGGGCAGAGCCAUCUCUUCCCCAGGACUGCGCAGGACAGAGCCUCAGGACAAGGACACAGCACCAUGAACAUCAUCUUGGACCUCCUCUCGCUCCUGUUCAUCAUCACCUACGCCUACCUAGAGUCCUUGGUGAAGCUUUUCAUCCCCCGGAGAAAGAAGUCUGUGGCCGGGGAGAUCGUCCUCAUCACCGGAGCUGGGCAUGGAAUCGGCAGACUGACCGCCUACGAAUUUGCAAAACGGAAAAGCAGGCUGGUCCUGUGGGACAUUAACAAGCAAGGCGUUGAGGAAACAGCAGCCGAAUGCAGGAAGCUUGGGGCCACCGUGCACGCCUACGUGGUGGACUGCAGCGACCGGGAGGAGAUCUACAGCUCGGUGGCCCAGGUCAAGAAAGAAGUAGGUGACAUAAGCAUCUUGGUGAACAAUGCUGGAGCAAUAUAUCCAGCGGACCUUCUCAGUACCAAGGAUGAGGAAAUCACCAAGACGUUUGAGGUCAACAUCCUCGCACACUUUUGGAUCACGAAAGCACUUCUUCCAUCCAUGAUGAAGAGAAAUUACGGCCACAUUGUCACAGUGGCUUCGGUGUGUGGCCACGGCGUGAUUCCUUACCUCAUCCCAUACUGCUCUAGCAAAUUUGCUGCGGUUGGCUUCCACAGAGCUCUGACUGCAGAACUUGAAGCCUUGGGGAAAACCAGUAUCAAAACCUCAUGUCUUUGCCCAGUUUUUGUGAACACCGGGUUCACCAAAAACCCAAGCACCAGGUUGUGGCCUGUGUUAGAGACAGACGAUGUCGCAAGAAGUCUGAUAGAGGGGAUACUCACCAAUAAGAAAAUGAUUUUUGUUCCAUCCUAUCUCAGCAUUUCUCUGAUACUGGAGAAGUUUCUUCCUGAACGCGCCUUGGCAGCUAUAAGUCGUAUACAGAACAUUCAGUUUGAAGCGGUGGUUGGCCACAAAACCAAGAUGAAAUGAUACAUUCCAGAGAUACAGAAACAUCCAUGAUUUACAUCUAAGUGUAGAGUCAAUGCUAAUUCUUCUUCUCAUACUUUCCCAUGUUUUCAUAUUAAAACACUUUGGCAUUAGCAGCAAUCUCGACAUGACUGUCUUCCUUUUUCCAGAAAUACUACUAUGAGGAAUGAAUCUCUACCGUUUAUAAACAACAGUGUGUGGUGUUUUGUUAUAACAUCAGGAAUAGACUAACACAGUGUCUAUCAGACAGCCAAGCAGAAAAGUAAUAAACAUUUUUACACACAUUUGAAGAUUUGUGCAAAUAUUUUAUAAAAUAAAUUACUAAAUCUGGAAAUGUUAGGUUAGCAGGUAAGAUCAUUAAAAUUUUGGACACAUACGAACAAGUUAUCUCCAAAAGACAUGUGUAAUGAUUUCUAUUUUUUGGAAGAUUCUGAUGUUGCUCUAAAUUGGUUCUUCAUGGACAAACAUGAAAAUUUGGUCUUGCUUCCUUGAUUUAUAAAUUAGAAAUUUUUCCCUCACAAUUCUUCCUCAGAGCUGAAUUUUUCUGCAUAGCAUGGAAGUAAAUAAUUAAGCCAUUUUGCUUACUUAACUGGGUGAGCCAAAUAUUUAUACAGCUUUCAAGUUGUGAAAUCUCACCACCUUGUUUUUUACUUUAGAGGUCCUUCAACGCAUUUGGUUUUCAUUUUACUCUGCUGAAACAUGGCAACUAAAAAAUCCAAUUACAGACGUAUUAGCUACACACAGUCCUCUCAGAGUAAACACAAGACUGUGUGCAGAGGAAAAAAUCUUCCUGCUCUUUGUGGUUAUUGUUCUUAUUUGUCUGUUUAGUUUCUGGAGAUUGAAUCCAGCACCUUGAACAUUGUAAUAAGCAAGUUCUGUAGCACUAAACCUCAUUCUCAACCCCAAACUUCCUGUCUUAAUUCCAUUUUUAUUUUAUUCUUUUAUGAGGGAAGUUCACAGCCACGCCUGCAAACACAAUAAAUGUUAUUUUGUUGUUGUUCA